AUGCUUUGCUGCCGCGUUACACCACCCACCCAGAAGACAGGCGAUAGACGCGGAUCUGCGCAACUUCACUGUCUCCUGGCUCUUGGUGGCCUAUACCUGCCCUCAAAUAAAGCCACCAUCAACAAGUCAUCUCCAUCAACACCUGAGAAAAAAUUCGCCGCCACCGUUCUGCCUCUUCCGAACUGGAGGGGAUUCGAGGAGGGAGACUUGAGAAGAGCCUUACACUAUGGGUCGCACGCGUUCAUAUCUACCUCCAAACUCCAGUCCACAUCGCGCACGAUCCAUGCUCCCUCUCUGUCGACGACUGUCCACUAA